AUGUCCGACGAGGCCCAGACUCCAACCGGCGACGCCACCUUCACCCCAGCAGAGGUCAAAUUCAUCCUCGCUGCCAUCAAGAAUGCCGAAGGUGGCACAUUCAAGUUCGACGCCGAAGCCGUCGCUCAAGAGCUCGGCAUGAAAGACGCCGGCUCAGUCAAGGCUCGCUGGAACACCAUCAAUCGCAAGAAGAUCCAAGUCGCCAGCUCGCCAGCCGGUGGCGUCGACAAGACUACGCCGACUAAGAAGAAUCCCACGCCAAAGAAGGCUGCUGACGGAGAUAAGACGCCCAAGAAGCGUGGUCGUCCGAAGAAGGUUUCUGCUGCUGCUGACGUUACGGCUGAGAAGGAGCCGACUCCAGAGAAGAAGGAUGACGAGGAGAAGAAGGCUGAGGGUGGUGGUGCUGAGGACGACGUCAAGGAGGAGGCUGAGGAUUAA